AUUCUUGCCAACAAUGGGUGAAUGCAGAGAAAUGUUCUACCAAGACGCAUGUCAACCUAGUUCAGUUCUAGCAACAUUGGAUGCAUUUAGGUCUAUGGGUACACUAUGCGACAUUACUAUACAAGUAAAGGAAUGGCAAAUUCCUGCACACAGAUUAGUGUUACUAUCGUCAAGUCCUUAUUUUCGUGCCAUGCUUACUGGGCAGUUAGCUGAAAGUAAUCAACAUACGGUUGUAAUGAAAGAUGUCGACCCACAGGCUAUCAAUGAUCUUAUUAAUUUUAUAUAUACUUCAAAAAUCAAGAUCAAUGAAGAAAAUGUACAGAAUACAAUGCUGUGUGCUAAUUUGCUACAGUUAACUGGAGUCUGCAAUGCUUGUGGUAGAUUCCUAGAAAAACAAUUACAUUCUAGCAACUGUAUUGGUAUCUGGUAUUUCGCAGAUGCACAUUGCUGUAACAACCUGACAAAGAAUGCCUAUCAGUACAUUCUUGAACACUUCUCCGAAGUAGCGCAGGAAGAAGAAUUCCUUCAUAUGCAAUUUAACGAGCUACUGAAGCUUCUGGAUUCUGAUUUCCUUGGAGUUCCAGAUGAGAAUGAGGUCUUCAAGGCUGUCGUAUCAUGGGUGAAGUUUAGACUCGAAGUCCGAGCAGUACACCUAUAUUCGUUGAUCGAGCAUGUCCGGUUAUUUCAGUUGUCGGCAAGCUUUCUAGAGGAGCAGUUGAAAGAGGAGGCUGUAGUGUUCAACAAAGACAUUGAUUGUAGUAAGAUGUUGUUUGAUAUACAGCGUGUGCUACAAGAAGCUAAUAACGUGCACUCUGUGAUGUUGAAAUAUGGCAAAGGCAAAAGAAUAUGUUAUGGAAAAAGACCAAAGGGCUUACUUGCCAUAGGUGGUGAGUCAAAUGGUAGUACAUUGAACACUGUCAACUGUUAUUUUGUGGAUGAGAAUUCUUGGACCUGUAAUCUACCUCAAAGUGACCAGAAUGAUACAAAGGAUAUUCAGUUUGGUUGUAUGAACACAUCCAGGUCGGAAUUUGGAAUAGCCUCCACAUUUAGCAACAUUUAUGUUGUUGGUGGUGUUAACUCUAUGAAGGUAUUAGGAUCUGUUGAAAAGUAUAAUGUAGCAUCUAAUAAAUGGGAAGAACUAGAACCAAUGCAGUCUCUAAGACAAGGUUGUACAGCUACUCUAUUCACUGACCAACUAUUAGUGUGUGGUGGUCGAGAUAACAACCAGUAUCUGCAAUCUGUUGAGGUCUUUUCGUCUGUGGCCCGACACUGGAGUUACAUUGAACCGAUGCAAGUGAAACGAGCGUUCUUUGGCUGUGUGGACUUGAGUGGAAUCUUGUAUGCCGUCGGUGGUACAGGAGGCAAUAACGGAAAAGACUGUGAUUUUCUAUCCUCUGUAGAAAGAUAUGAUCCAAAUAUUAAAAUGUGGACUAACGUGGCUGAGAUGCACGAGCGAAGGGCGUACCUGUCUGUUGUACAGUUGGAUGGAUACAUAUAUGCCAUUGGUGGUUUCAACGGUAGUUGGAUAAACACGGUGGAGCGGUAUAAUCCUUAUACUAAUCAGUGGAUAUACGUGAAAUCUAUGAAAACAAAACGUAGCAGUGCAAGUGCCACUGUGUUGAAUGGUUGUAUCUACAUAAUAGGCGGCUUUGAUGGGUUUCAGUGUACCAAUACUGUUGAGAAGUAUGACCCAGCUACCGAUAGAUGGUCAAAGAUAUGUCCCAUGCAAUCAAGACGCUACGGUGUUGGUGCUGCCACUGUAAUUCUCUGUUGAAGUUCAUCACGAUACUAUUAUAUAUUAAACACAAAAUUUUAGUUUUCAACGAAGACUUUAGUUCAGAAGCAUGAAGAUUUCUACCGGUAUUCAUUAUCUGAAAUUGCAACCAAGUGAAAUUAGCAUUUUUAAGACUGAAUAGAAUUUCUUUUAUACAUGCAUAAUAAUUUUUCAUACCUUUUUCUUAAUGAAAUUAAUCUAAUAUGCAACUAUUUGUGUUGUGUUUCAUUAUGAGCAUUUCUCUAUAUUUAAAAAAACAAUGCAAUGACUCAUGGAUAACAACUGGUAUAAAAUGGACAAAUUUAUGGAAUUUCAGUUAUGACAAGAUGAUCUCCUUUAUAUUUGCCAUAUUUUACAAUGAGAGUAAUAAACACUGCCACGUUACAAUAUUCAGUUUUUAAAUGUUAUCAGUAGUACAUAUCAUAGUAGAUUUUGGCAUUUGCAUGAUGUAUCCUUGGUGCUGCACUGCGUGUCGGUCGAUACUCCAGCUGUACUGUCUUCGUGCAUACUUUGAGGUAUUCUUAUACAUGUAAUAACCUCAUAUUAUAUUUUUAAGACUGAUAUUUUGUGUAUUGGUAAUUUAUGCAGUUAGACACAGAUCAUAUCUGGAUGCAAAUCUGUGUACAAUUGUAUUUUAAUUAGAUAAUUAGCAUAGUAAUAAAAUGGUAUGGCAGCACAUUACGAGUUAAAUUUCACAAUACUUAAUUACCGGUAUAAGAAUAUAGUAGUAUCCAGAUAGUGAGUAUAUGGCAUGAAUUCAAUGCAACAGUUGUGUGUGUGGGUCCCAUGCAACAUAUACAUCAAUCAUGUGUGUGGGUCCCAUGCUACAUAUACAUCAAUCAUGUAUGUGGGUCCCAUGCAACAUAUAUGUACAUCAAUUAUGUGUGUGUGGGUCCCAUGCAACAUAUACAUCAAUCAUGUGUGUGUGGGUCCCAUGCAACAUGUACAUCAAUCAUGUAUGCGAGUCCCAUGUAACAUGUACAUAAAUUGUGUGUGGGUCCCAUGCAACAUGUACAUCAACUGUGUGUAAUAAUUGUGUAAUUUGUUCAUGCAAAACUUUGCUAUAUAUUAUUGACAUGUAUCAAAUAAAGUCUGAUAUGCAAAUUCAUUGUUGAAGUGUUUGCCCGCUAUUCUCAGAGCCAAAUUGGAACAACUCAGUGGAUGUUACCCACCAUAUGCAUGUUAUGGAUGGAGGAAUUACAAAAUGACAUCCAAAUAGCGAAAAUCUAAUCUCUGGGUAAUCGGAAAGGCUUGUAUAAUGCUACAGUAUAAUUCUUUUUACUGGUUAUAUCUUGUGUGUAUAUAACAAUUUAGGAAGCUGUGAUGGACACAUGUCAACUCAGGUUUUCUUACACAAAUUAAAAUACCAACAUUUUAAUGUAUUAAUUGUGAUUUUAUUCACAUUGAUCACAUUGAUUAUUAACAUUUUUAAUCAACAAUAACCUAGUGUUCACUGUUUUUUUCCUAGUAAAGUGAAAUUUACUCAA